GAGGCACGGGAAAAGGGGUCAAAAGUGAACACAACUAUAUAUAUGCUGAUUUCUAACCCCGUGAGAGUACAACUACAUUGAUCUGCUUUAUUAGCCUUGAGCAUUUCAAAGCUCAAACUCAUCAUGCCAUUCUCCUCUGCCCAAAACUUUUUCCAAAUGGGAAAUUUUCCAUAUAGCAGCUUUUUGUCUAGUGAUAUUUUGCCAUCUCUUGGAGCCCGAAUCAACCAAGAAACUAGGCUUCGAAGUUACAUAAUUUCCCCUUUCAGUCCACGUUACAGGGCUUGGGAGAUGUUGUUGAUUGUCCUGGUCAUUUACUCUGCAUGGAUUUGCCCAUUCGAAUUUGCCUUUCUUCCUUAUAAGCAAGACGCACUCUUCAUCAUAGACAACAUUGUCAAUGGCUUCUUUGCCAUUGACAUAGUGCUGACAUUCUUUGUUGCAUAUCUUGAUAGCCACUCUUACCUUCUUGUUGAUGAUCCUAAGAAAAUUGCAGUGAGGUACAUAUCUACCUGGCUCAUCUUUGAUGUGUGUUCAACUGCACCUUUUCAAUCCAUCAGCCUCCUCUUCACUGAACAUAGUAGCGAGAUUGGCUUCAAAAUUCUCAACAUGCUUCGGUUAUGGCGUCUGAGACGAGUUAGUUCUCUGUUUGCAAGACUCGAGAAGGACAUUCGCUUUAAUUACUUCUGGACAAGGUGCUCAAAGCUCAUUGCUGUUACCUUGUUUGCUGUACACUGUGCUGGAUGCUUUAACUAUGUGAUUGCAGAUAGGUACCCUGAUGCCAAAACGACCUGGAUUGGUUCAGUGUACCCAAAUUUUAAACAGCUAAGUCUUUGGGAUAGAUAUGUUAUAUCUAUGUAUUGGUCCAUUGUCACACUUACUACCACUGGCUAUGGAGAUUUGCAUGCUGAAAACACCAGAGAGAUGUUGUUUGAUAUCUUUUACAUGUUGUUCAACUUGGGAUUAACAUCAUACAUCAUUGGAAACAUGACAAAUCUCGUAGUCCACUGGACAAGCCAUACAAGAAACUUUAGAGAUACAGUAAGAGCAGCUUCAGAAUUUGCAUUGAGAAAUCACUUGCCACAUGAUGUACAAGAUCAAAUAUUGUCACACUUGUGUUUGAGGUUCAAAACCGAAGGAUUGAAGCAACAAGAAACAAUAAAUGGCAUGCCUAAGGCCAUUCGUGCGAGCAUUGCAUACCAUCUAUUUUUCCCAAUUGUGCAGAAUUCCUAUCUCUUCCAAGGAGUCUCACAUGACUUUCUCUUCCAACUGGCUACUGAGAUGGAAGCUGAGUAUUUCCCACCCAAGGAAGAUGUUAUACUACAAAAUGAGUCUCCAACGGACCUAUACAUGAUAGUUUCAGGGGCAGUGGAUCUCAUUCACAGUGUUGAUGGUCAUGAUCAAGUUAUGAAGAAGGCAAUUGCAGGAGAUACAUUUGGAGAAAUUGGAGUAUUAUACUAUAGGCCACAACCUUUCACAGUUCGGACCACAGAGCUUUCUCAAAUUUUAAGACUCAGCAGAACUUCAUUGAUGAAUGCCAUACAAGCGAAUCCAGAAGAAGCACCAGUUAUAAUGAAGAAUCUUUUAAUGAUGAUGCUGAAGGAGCAUGAAGAGCUUGGUUUUGAAUAUCCAGCUACUGACCCUGGAUUAGCGCUUCACCAAAUGCAUCAUGGGAACAACAUUAGAGGAUGUUUUUGUCAUGGAUGUACAAAAAUUCUAGAUUCACAUGGGGAAACCAGAUUGCAUGACAUGAUUUUUGAGAAUGGCAAAAUAGAUCUUAAUGAUGCUGAUGCAAAGAGAGGUCAUCAAGAAAUGGUUCAAAUUCAGCUAGAAAAAGAAGCAAGUGAAAAGCACCUAGGUCCCAUAAGAUGGAAACAGAAAUCUCUAGCAGCAGAAAAUGAGAAGACAUUAGAUGGUCACAUAAUAGAGUUUAUGGAGCCAGAAAUCCUUAACCACGAUAGGAGUGACCCAAUCAGAAAAAGAAGAGAAGAUUUUCUUAGAAGUACCAACUUCCCAUUAGGAAAAGUACACACAAGUGCCCAUUCAAGUAACUCUAACCAUCCAAUUGAAAGAGAAGCACCAAUAUCCAUCAACAAGAGAGUUACCAUCCACUCACUAAGCAAACACAGAACUACCUCAGAGGGACAGUAUGGGAAGUUGAUAACCUUGCCUGAUUCAUUGGAAGAGCUUCUCAGGAUUGCUGAAGAGAAGUUUGGAGGCUUCAAGCCUACAAAAGUCAUCAAUGCAGAGAAUGCAGAGAUAGACGAUAUGAGUGUCAUUCGAGACGGUGAUCAUCUCUUUUUUCUUAGCAGUGACAGUGAAAUUUUGAGUUCAUGAUCUUAGCCAAGUAUAGAUAUAAAGCUAGCUUUGAGCUUUCAAGUUCAGGAAUGUAAUGAUAAUAGCUAGUACAGAAACAGAUGGCAUAAACUGUCAUUGGAGAUGUUGAUCAUCUCUUUCUUCUUUACUGCAAUACAGAAAACUUGUGUUCAUGUGA